CUUUCAGUGGGUUGAACAUCCGAAACCGGUAAAAAAUCCAACUGAAUCAGAAAGACAGGGAGAGGUGAGAGCGAGCGAAUGGCCCCCAGAUCAGAAACCCUAACAUCAUCAGCUCAGUUCUCAGAGCACUCAGUCUCAUCCAUGGAUCCGAUCUUCCACGUCCUGAAGAUCCUCCCGUACAGCUUUCUGCGCGUGCCCCGCACUCGCCUGAAGUUACCCUCCUUCACGCUCCCGUCGGCAACGGCUGUCUUCGCCCUUGUUCUCCUCACCUACUUCGCCGUCGUCUCCGGCCUCGUCUACGACGUCAUUGUGGAGCCACCCGGCAUCGGCUCCACCCAGGACCGUCACACCGGCGCCGUCCGCCCCGUUGUCUUCCUCCCAGGCCGCGUCAACGGCCAGUAUAUCAUCGAAGGCCUCUCCUCUGGCUUCAUGUUCCUUCUCGGCGGAAUUGGAAUUAUACUCCUCGACCUCGCCCUCGACAAAAACCGUGCCCGCACCGUAAAGGUCUCCUUCGCCACUGCCGGCGUCUCCUCUGUUGUCAUCGCCUAUGUCAUGAGUAUGCUUUUUAUUCGCAUCAAGAUUCCUGGUUAUCUUAGAUGAAUUUUUGUUCACUUCUUGAGGGUGAGGUGGGUGGGAGGGUUGGGGUUCUUGUGGAUUUCUUGUAUGGAAAUUGUGGAUCUCUUAGAUCACUGGGAUGUUAAAAUUUCGGGUUUUGCUUACUUCGUAGAACCUGUUUUCCUGUUAUUAUGUGGGUUCUAUCGGUCUACAUUUGCUUCAUAUGCGUAAUCUUGCAUGCCUGAUGAAUCUUUUUAAUACAAAUGGUAACCAUAGAUUGAUA